UUGUUUACUAACAGUCCUCCUCCUUGACGGCUCGGGCACACUGCUCUGGAUGGCUGUGCACAGUGCAGUGUGCUUACAGUGAAGCACCAAUACACCGCCACCCAGUAAAACACUCCCAGCACACAGUUAACCCUUUGAUCUCCCCUCAUGUUAACCCAUUCCUGCCCAGUGCCAUUAGUACAGUUGUCAGUGCUUCUUAUAAGCACUGAUCACUGUAUUGGUGUCAUUGGGGAUGUCAGUGACACCAAGUCAGUUCCCCCCAGUGUCAGAAUGCCUGCCGCAGUCCUGCUAUAA